AUGAACAUUGUGUACCACAUCCUUCGAGAGGGCCAAGACAUUUACAAGACUACUCCCCGGCGGGGCUACAACCGUUAUCAAUUGUUGCACAAGGCUGUUAAGCGGUACAAGCAUGACCGCGAUUAUCAAUUGUUGCACGACCAGGUUUCGGAUAUUUUGGCCCAGAUAUUCAAGUCUGAUAUGGAGAAAUUGAAAUUCAAGGAGGCGGCGGAGGAGCAAAACAAAAACAACCAAUUAAAGCAAUUAUCUGAAUCUGAUAUUGAAGAAAGAAUAACCUUGGCCGCAUGCGAUAUGCAUUAUGCCUUGUCAACAUUCUCGGAGUCCAACCCCCACUACAACAUCAUUUUGCUGCUUGAAAGCAUUGCCAGGAAGUUUUUCCCGCCAGAAGAAUAUCACAAAUUAGAAUUAGAUGGAGGUCAUGGUAAAGGAAAACGGGCCAAGGCCAAAUAUGCCGACAGGGUCAUGGUCAAGCGGCUCAAGGAUGAGGUUUUUCCCUCCUUGACGAAGGCCUACUUUGCCCAGCAUUAUCCACGAGACGAGGCCAGUGCUGUUGAGACCUAUUUGGAGAAGGUGAAAGCCAUCUGCUGCUGCAGUGGCAGUGCUGGCAAGAUUUCGUCCUCCUCGUCCUUGUUGGCGGAUGCUCUGCUUCCGCAUGAGAUCACAGGCUACGUGCACCAUUGGAAUUUCGGCCACGCUGCUGAGCUCCAGUGGAAGUCAAUGGUGGAGGACGUCUACUCAAAGCAGGGCAAGUUCAAAAACUGGUUGGCUGUAUGUGAUGUCAACCCCAGAUUCAUGGACGACGAGGUCUCCUUGGAGGUCUCCAUUGCUUUGGGGCUCUUGCUGUCUGAACUGAGUGAAGAGCCAUGGAAAGGAAAGGUGAUUCAAUUCAGUCGUGAGGCUCAGCUACAUUCCAUCCAAGGCGGCAACGAUCUUAGGUACAAAUACGAGUUUGUGAGGAGGAUGAGCCGCGGUGUCGACCUUGAUUUUGAGAAGCUGUUUGAUUUGAUUCUCCAAGUGGCUGUGAAUGAGAACUUGAAGCCGGAUCAGAUGAUCAAGAAGGUGUUGGUGUUGAGUCACCCGGACUUUGAUAGUGCCAGUGUGGCCCAAACUUCUUGGGAGAUUGAUUACCAGGCAAUACAGAGCAAGUACAAGGAGAAAGGGUACGGGGAUGUUGUGCCACACAUGGUGUUUUGGACUUUGUCAAAGUACAACCCGGAGAAGCCGGUGGCGCCUCGUACACAACCGGGGGUGUCCAUUCUCAAUGGCUUCUCUAACAGUCUGCUCAAGCACUUUCUCGACAAUGAAGGCGAAAUUGGCCACGACUAUCUUAUGGAAUUAGCCAUCUCUGAUGAACGUUAUCAAGCUCUCACUGUAGUGGACUGA